AUGAAGCGCAGCAAGUCAUAUACGUGGCUGUCGGGGCUGCUGCGGCCCAAGCCCGAGGAGCGGGAGGAGCAGGACCACGAGGAGUGGGGCGCCGUACCCUGGGUGCGGGCUGACGUAAUGCAUCAUGACAGAUUUGUUAUAUUUGAAGUAGUAUUCUCUCAUGGACCUGUUUUAUUUGAUUAUGUCUUGUCUUAUUUUGAUAGUAACGUAACCAACGGAAGUCUACUGGAUUUAUUUGUUUGA